AUGUUCGGGAGCGCGCACGCAUCAAGGGAAGGAGGAAACAUGGCGACCCACAUGACGCUAUCCCAGAUAUCAAAUGGAAACCCUGCUUAUGACAGUUACUACAGACAAGUGGAUCCUGCAAACACUGGUAAAGUUGGGGCUGGAGAGGCUGCCCAGUUCCUGAAAAAAUCUGGCCUCUCAGACAGCACUUUGGGAAAGAUUUGGGAAUUAUCUGACUCAGAUCAUAAGGGCUACUUGGACAAGCGGGGGUUUUUUGUCGCCCUGAGAUUGGUGGCCUCUGCCCAGAGUGGUAAUGAUGUCAGCCAUAACAGUCUAAACCACACUGUCCCUGCUCCAAAGUUUAGGGACACAGGCAGUCCUUCCCUGAUUUCAGCUUCUCUGCUGUCCACUGACUCCAGCUGGGCCGUGAGGUCUGAUGAGCGAGCCAAAUUUGAUGGGAUCUUCGAGAGCCUGGGCCCAGUGGGGGGCCUUCUCUCAGGGGACAAAGUGAAGCCAGUUCUCAUCAACUCCAAACUCCCCCUGGAUGUGCUUGGCAGAAUUUGGGAUCUCAGCGAUGUUGACAAAGAUGGACAUUUGGACAAAGAGGAGUUCACAGUGGCCAUGCACCUGGUGCACCGCGCCAUGGAGAAAGAGCCGGUGCCUGCCACCCUUCCCCUCACUCUCAUCCCACCGUCCAAACGGAAGAAGAUCGCCGGGUCGCUGCCAGGCUCGGUGGCUGUGCUGCCCGCCAGUCCCUUCAAGGGUCUGGGCCUGCGCCCCACCACCGACCCCCAGGGCAGGCAGAGCCCACUGGGUAGCAGCAGCAUCAGCAGCAGCAGCAGUGCUUUGGGUGGCACAGGGAGCCUGGCACAGAAAUACUCCUUUAAGAGCAGCCAGCCCCCUCAGCCUGCUGUAAGCUGGGUGGUCCCACUGGCCGACAGAGGGCGCUAUGAUGACAUCUUUGCGAAAGCUGACUCCGACAUGGACGGGCUGGUUGGGGGCGCUGAGGUCAAGGACAUCUUCAUGAACUCAGGACUGCCUCAGAACAUGCUCGCGCGCAUCUGGUCUCUGGCCGACACCAAACAGCAGGGCAAGCUGUCCAGGGAGCAAUUCUCUCUGGCCAUGUACCUCAUCCAGCAGAAGGUCACCAAAGGCCUCGACCCCCCUCAAGUCCUCACCCUAGACAUGAUCCCUCCAUCAGAGAAGGGGACAUCAGGGCUUGGUUUCUAUGGCUUUACGGCUCCUCUUCUUACACCCCAAAGGGCUGUGUUAAACAGUCGCCGUGACACUGUCAGUAGCAGCUCAGUGGUGCCUCUGGAGCUCACUGGAACUAAAGAGCUGGAUGACAUCAUCCAGGAGAUCAAUCAACUGCAGAGGGAGAAGGUCACGCUGGAGCAGGAGAUCAGGGAGAUGGAGCAGACUUUAAGACACAAGAACAGUGAACUUCAGGACAUGCAGGGGGAGCUGGAGCAGGAGAGCAGUGGUGUGCAGGACCUGGAGGCCCAGCGGCAUGUGGCUCAGGACCGGCUGCAGGAGAUGGACCAGCAGAGGGCCAAGCUGGAGGACAAGAUCAACGACGCCAAGAGCAAGUACCAGAACGAGAGCCAGAAGGUUGUGUCCCUGCAGCUGGAGAUCAGCUCCCAGGAGCAGGAGGUGCAGGGGCAGGAGAAGGAGCUGAGCCGCACGCGUACAGACCUGUACUGCCUGGAGCAGGAGGAGGAGCAGCUGGAGGAGAGCAUCCGCGCUGGGCAGGCCAAGCUGCAGAGCAUCCUCAAUCUGCUCAAGAGCUCUCAGGACGAGAUGGAGGAGGCAACUAGUGAGCUUGCCCAGAUCCAAAGCAGCCAGCAGGAGCUGACCAAGACCAUCGAGGAGUACAGCAAGGCCCUGAACGGAAGUCUUAGUGACCUGUCCCGCUUCCCUGAGCUAAACGACCCCCUGCCCAACAACAGACCCCUGGAUCGCCUCAACGAAGGCAAGGAGAGCAGCUCCAGCUCCUUGAGAUCUAGAAUAGCCAUGUUCAACCACACUGCCAAAGAAACCCCAGCAGAUCCCUUUAAAUCCGAGGACCCCUUUAAAUCAGAUCCCUUUCAAGAUCCUUUUGGAGGGGAUCCUUUCAAAGAGAGCGACCCUUUCAAAUCUGCCGAUCCUUUUGCGUCUGGGGACCCGUUUGGGAAGAGCUCCACAAAGACCAACUUAUCCCGAGGUGGCAGCCCUUUCGCCCAGUCCAUUGCUAAGCCCAAAGACUCAGAUCCGUUUGGAACAGAGGACCCCUUUGCUGACAGUGCCUUUGGAGCCCAGAGGGGCUUUGCCGACUUUGGGCAAAUGUCAAAGAACUUUUCUGGAUCGGCGUUUGAGAGAAGGCCUUCUCAUCCUCCUAAGAAAACCCCACCUCCUAAGCCCGCCCCUCCUCCAUAUAGCUCCAGUCAGGGUGCGCCGGGACACUCCUUGGGGCCAGCCAGUCACGUCGUGAGUAGAGGCCAGAGAGGCCCGCCCGCCUCUUUGGCCAAUAUUGCUGCUGUGCAGGAAGUGGCAAGUUUGGAAGUGAGGCGGAGCAGCUGGAGUGGGCCAAGCGGGAGAGCGAGCGGGUGGAGCAGGAGAGGCUGAGGAGACUCCGCCAGCAGGAGCAGGAGGACCUGGAGCUGGCCAUCGCCCUCAGCAAAACACUCACCUGAACCCCCUCCCUCUGAACAUGACCCCACACACACACACACACACACACACACACACACACACCUGAGCCCCCUUCCUCACACACACACACACACACACACACACACUAACUUACUUUCCCUGAACAUGCCUCCCCCUACACACCCCAUACACACACACACCUGAGCCCCCUUCCUCACCCACCACACACACUCACCACCACACACACACACACACACACUCUAACUUACUUUCCCUGAACAUGCCCCCCCCACACACACACAAACACACACACCCAAAUCCCCUUCUUUUGCCUUUACUUGAACAUGCCCCGCUGCACACACUCACACCUAGUACCCUCCUGGUGCCUUGCCCCCGAACAUGAACCUGGGGCUUUUCCCUGAACCCUUUUUCUGGAGGCAUGAGCGUGGUCCCAGCGCUCACCUGGACCUUUUCCUCUGACCUGAUGUCGUCCUACGAUACACUCAGACUGCUGACCUCGAGGAUCUACUCAAAUGAAUCAUCCCCUUAGGUUUCCUCCUGAAGAUGUUCACAACACUCACUCGAUGCUCCCCUUUUCAAAACACACUGAUAACAUGGUGUGCAGAAUGCUACCCUUAAAACCUGUGCUGGACAUUUUCAUAACUUCUGGAACUGUUCUGCGUAGUCUGAAGUCACCUGAGGACGCUCAGGACACUCACCCUGACCCUGUUCCACAGUUUGAAAUGGUCAGUGAAGCCUCCCUCUUGGCCCAUUUGAAAUGUUCAGCCUUAAAACCCUGCAAAUCGGUGUGAACACUAUCCCUCAAAUAAUUCCACCUUCCAGAUGCCAAAACGUACUAAAAUGAGGUCCCAGUCUUCCACUGCACAUUGACCCCUAUCUUGACCAAAUAAGUCCUCAGAAUUGUCGACUCUCCUACCGGCAGACAACAUUCUGGACACACCACCCCACCCUCUCCCAGAACUCCACUGAUGAAAUCCCUUAAUGAUGAGCUCAGUCAUGCUUUCUCCUCUCUUUCCUCUUUUCUCCUCUUCUUUUUCCUCUCUUUCCUCUCUUCUCCUCUUUCUCGUCUCCUGAAGCUGCUCUGCGGCUGUUGGGUCACUUUAGUCUAAAGCCGUAAAGGUCUCGGUUAUGUAUGUGUAUAUAUAUGGACUGUGGAGCAUAUGAAGUAAUUAUGAAUGCACUGUAGAAAAGUAGGCUAAAGAUUGUUUUAGAGCUUCCUGCCACUUUAGUCUGUAAGAGCAUCUUUAAUUGUGCUCAUUAAAGCGUUAGGAUUCCUUUUGUAGACUGUUGAUGGUAACUAUUCAAAUGGUUGGAAAGCUUUUCAGUUUCCUAAUGUAAAAAAGGUAUCGAGUUGCCUUUAUGGAGUUUUAUUUAAAUCUCGACAAUAUUUAUGUGUUGCCUCUAAACCUUAAAUUGUUCCACUGUGGUUUCUGGACGUGUGAGGAAGUGUUGAACUGUCUAUAGACUGUCCUUUUCGCAAACUUGUUGCACUAACCAGUUAUGAAAUGACUUGCAUCUGCUGUGCCACUGCGUCAUUUCAGACUUUGUUUGAAAAUGUUUAGUCGUCAAGGGAUUAAAAAAAGUUAACAUUUAAAAAGGAAUAACUCCUCUACCUAAAUGCUGAGGUACAAAGAACUGAAAGGGAUGCAUCAUAAGCAUUAUUGGACACCUCUUCAUGUUAUACUGCGUGGUUAUGUAACUGCAGAUGCUUUAAAGAUGUAUUUGAAGGGCUCUUCUUUCCUCUCCAAUAUUUUGCACUGUGGAAUACAGCUAUGAUGCCAAUAAGCAGUAACCUGCCAAUAGAGGUCAUCAGAAAUGUAAUGUAAUGUAAUGUAAUGUGAUGUGGUGCUUUUUUUGGCGGACUUUCAAGCUCAUUUUGUUAAAUGUAGGCUGCUAAAGUGUUUUUUCUAUUGGCCGCCAUGUAAGAACUUGCGCCAGCUCACCCAAAGACUUUGAUCUGCCAGUGAUUUCAAAAUAAAUAAAUAAAUAAUCCUAAUAAAAUUCUAAUGAAGUCUAAAUAUGGAAAUCAGGGACAUGAGACUUUUGUGAUAUUUGCUCUGUUAUUCUUUCAAGAGUGUCUAAUUUUCUGUGUCUUGGUGGAGAUCUUGUUUGGUUUGUUUUUGGUCAGCUCCCUUAUGAGUCAGUUUUUUGAUGUUUUUGGUUAACACUACUUUCUGUUACCAUUUAUUUUUUGUUUACCUUUUUGUCUUUUGAGUCUUCCUUCUGCUUUGAUAUUUUUGUUAUAACAUUAGGUGCCUUUUAAGACAUCUAGACCUGCACUGUACUGUACAGAAGAGAAUGUGCAGUAGACCGCUGUCUGUCAUUAAGGAACAUUUUACCUGCCAUGACUACCUGGAGUUAUGCUGGCUGACUCAUUAUAGCAUGUUUGCAACUGUUAGCAUUGUUAUAUAACCCACGAUGAAUCAGAAAUUAUGUAACCUUGUAUAAUGUUAGCAUGCCUCGUGAGAUGCACCUUCACAUUGGCAGCCUCUGGGGCUCUGUUUGGAAGAAGUCAUUGCUUUUAUCAGUUACAUCUUGAUUAGCUGAUCUGAGUGAUGUCUGUUGCCAGGCUUGAAUGCCGACGGACAUAAUGCUCUUAGUUAUUUCAGACUUGUACAGAGGUUACACCUUUUGGAAAAAAAAAAAAAAACUGUCAACAACACUGUCCAACUGUCCAUAAUCACACAGUUUGUUUCGUCAACUGCGCUCAGUGGCUAGGGCGCCCUCUAGCAGUGGCUCUUGUGAACUAGAGGCUGUGAGUGCUGAAAUAAAAUCCAACUGUUUAAAUGCAAUAGUCACUAGGAAAGAAAAUAAAACACAUGCAUGCGUCUGGGGUUUCUUGUCAUUUGAUUUGGAUUAUACUAGGGGUACACAUUAUAAAAUACCAUAUAUUAAAUGAUCACUAAAA